AUGGGGAAGGCAGAGCUGAUGAGGCUGAUAUUGAAUGACAAGGAUGGUCACUUCCAAAAGCCUCCACAGAACCCUCUUGUGGACCUUUUAACGCUGGGAGUCUCAACCUUGGAAGGUGAGAAAUGGGCCAAGCGUAGAAGGUUAAUUACUGCUGCAUUCCACCAUGAGAAGCUGCAGGGAAUGGUGCCAGAGUUUUUAGCAAGUUGCUGCAACCUGAUUGAUCGAUGGAAGAUGUUGAUUGCAUCCGAUGGAUGGAGUGAAAUUGAUAUCAAUCCUGAACUGCAGAGCCUUUCUACAGAUGUGAUUUCUAGAGCAGCCUUUGGAAGCAGCUAUAAAGAAGGGAAGAAGAUAUUUGAGCUUCAAAAAAACCAAGCAUUGGAGCUUCUAUCCUUCUUGAUCGUUGAGCUGUGCCUCGUUGAGUAUGAAAUGCUUAGAUUCCCCCCGUCUCUCUUAGCAGCAGUAGCAAUCUUUAUUGCACAACGCUCUGUCAAUGGGUUCAAGAAGUGGACUAAGACAUGCGAGAGGCACACAAACUACACUGAAGAUCAGCUUUUGUGGAACCAGCUGAAGAUUGAUGGGGUAUUCAUGGUUAUGACUGAAGGCUCUCAUUUCAUUGGAAAGUUUGGAAGCUACUGCAAGUUCUUUCUACUUGUUAAGGAAGAGAAUAUUUUAGUUUGUGCACAUGAGGAUCUUUUAGUUUGUGCACAAGAAAAUCUUUCAAAUUACUAUAUGCAUUCUGUUCUUUGGGAUAAUUUUACAAGUCCUUUGGGUUUCUGA